CACACACACACACACACACACACACACACACACACACACACACACAGAGCCAGCAGGCCUGUUAGCCCUGCGCCUCGUGCGCUGCUGCUGCUGCACUCACUGGCGAGGAGGACACAAUAGGAUGGAUGCCGCUAGCCUGCUAGCUCUAAAGACACACAGUGACGUUGAGCAACUUUGCCCGAGAUUAUGCUGAGCAUCCUUGCAGCUGGCUCCAUAUUCUUCCCAGGCCUCUUCCUGCUGUCCAAGCGAUUCCUGAAACAUGCUCCUGGGCUCAAAUGGAGCGAGAAGGAUGCUGUCAUCGUCUCGUCCAGACUGGUGUCCUCCGUUCAGGCCAUUAUGGCAUCCUCUGCCGGGUACAUCAUCGCCUGUUCAUGUGAAGACAUCAUUGAGGACCAGCACUGGCUUACCAGCAGCUAUAUCCUCUUUGCUGUCCCCUACUUCGUCUAUGACAUCUAUGCCAUGUUCUUGUGCCACUGGUACAAACUUCAGGUCAAAGAUCAUGAGGAGGAGAGCGAAGCCAAACCGAUGAGGUCAGCCAUCAGCGGCUAUCUGCGCCGAGAGUUCCUUAUGGUCCUGCACCAUGUCGUCAUGGUCACUGUCUGUUUCCCUGUCUCUGUGUUCUGGAGACAGGGAAAAGGGGAUUAUUUCCAGGGUGUGAUGUUCCUGGCAGAACUCAGCACCCCAUCUGUCUGUCUUGGAAAAAUACUCAUCCAGUACAAGCAACAGCACACUCUCCUACAUAAAGUCAAUGGAGCUCUUAUGCUGGUCACUUUCUUCAUCUGCAGAGUUCUUCUCUUCCCCUACCUCUACUACGCCUACGGCAGGUACGCCUCCAUCCCCUUCUACAUGGUGCCGCUGUCUGUGCCCUGGCAGUGUAACGCAGGUGCAGCUUUGCUCAUGGCCCCGCAGGUCUACUGGUUUUCCCUCAUCUGCAGGGGCGCCUUCCGUCUCUUCACCAGAGCCUCACGGCACAAAGCUGCUCCUAGCAGCAAAGACUCUGAACCGAAAACCUCACUCCUGCCCCCUGCCAACGGAUACAGCCCCAGAGAGACCGACUCGCACUGAGAGAGGAGUAGAGAUAGAGAUGUAGGUACAGGGUUGCUAGAUUUAGACCAAACAGGAAACCGAAGGCAGACUGACUUAUUACAAUGUGUGGCUCUACCUUAGACCCAGUGGCGUGGGUUAGCAAACAAAGAAACUGAAGGUCUGUACCCUCGCUAUUCACCAUCCGUCAUCCUCUCAUUGAGAACAAAAAUAAGACUGCAGACCAAACCAAACAGAUUGUUUUCUCCCUAACAUGCACAUUCUCUAUGUUGGAGCAGUAGGUCGGGGAAGUCUCAUCUGCUGCUUUGCAGGGUUAGUGCGUCAUUUGUAGAUUACCAUGGUCAUAAGCUUCAGAAAAAGGGACUGAUGUGGAUGCAACGGGAACAGUAUUUAAACCGAUCGAUGGAUGGAAAUGAUUGAUACAUCCC